AUGGAUGGCGGUGGAUUGAAUUCGACGAAUUUAACGACCAUAACCGUUUCCGCCACGGUUAAUUUUAUCGGUGGUAGUUCAAAUAAACUUCCGGAUGGUUUUGCCGCCGUGACAGGGGAUGUACCCCUAGGAGAUUGGGUAUCACUUUCGAGUAAUAAUCAUCCGUUAAAUUCGUUAAAAAUGACGUUUGGCGUCCCGUUCGAUUUGAAAAAAGAAGAUGCUUGCGUUAUAUUAACGGUACCCGUGACAUUUUUAUCAUUGAGUAAACGAUCCAGUGUUUGCAUUCCAACAUUUCUUAACAAAACAAUCACUCACGUGGGUGAGUUAAACGUCGUUUCAUCGAUCGAUUCAAAUUACACGUGCAAAUUAGGAUAUUUAACAAAUUUAAAUUUUCAUUCGGAUGAAGAUUUUUAUUUGUCGAAAAUGGAAAGCUGUUGCUUUUACUUUAAUUUGUUUUUCCUUGUUUCGUGGGAGGAAUUAUAUGUCUGUGGAAACAACGGAUAA